AUGCCGUGGUGGUCGGGAGAGCCAGUGGGCGGCAAGGCAGGUGCCGUGCCAGCGGAUGCACAGACUACGCAGGACGUGCUUGCCGCCAUCUUCGCACCGGCCAAUUGCGCACUGGCGUCACCCAGAGCGUCUGUCGACGGCAAUGACGUGAGAAGCACUGCUCUGUCGUCGAGCGCUGUGGACACAGUAUCCGCCAAGGGUCGCUCAUCAGCAGCGCCACCCGAAGAGACAACACCGUCGAUCUUGAUAAGUACCCAGGGCGGCGUGGAUGCGAGCGCAAGCCCAGCUACGUGGUGGACGAGCCUCCGCAAGUGGCGGCCGUCCACGUCGAUACCCCGCAGUGCCGGCGCAUCCGCACCAGAGUUGGUGCUCUCCUCUACUACGACUAGCACAAGCCCUAAGCGCACAGCGGAGAAUGUAGACAAAGCAGCGGCUAGUGUCGCUAAGGCCACGGCUGCCGUAUCGUGGGAGACAUUCCCCAAUUGCCCACUGGCUGGUUAUGAGCUCACACGUCAAGGUUUGGUCGACAGGCUGACUAAGCCACCACACACCCUCACCGCGAUGGAGCUACGGAGUUUGAUCAAGGAGCUCACAGCUGUGGAGCAGCAGGCCAAGUACGACGUGGAUCGGCAGUUUGGCAGUCACAUCAGCAGUCGCGGCCUGCAUGGGUUGGAGUUGGUCAUCAGCCCAGCUCUCUUCCUCACCUCCAUCUACCUGAUGACAUGGAAGGCGGCGCGGCUGUACCACAACGCGCUCCCGCAGAACUCCGUGUUAUUCACGCGAGUGCUCGCACUGCUGCGGCUCCGCAUGGCGGUGGAGCAGAGGGAGCUCGUGGCGCAGCGACACCGACGGCUAAUGCGAGCCACCAACGCACGGGUUAGCCUAUCCUUCCUGAGCGGUGUCGGUCUCUUCGCGCUGGCAUGGGUGUCACGGCCGCCAGCCAACGUUAUGGAGGAGGCGCCUGAUGUGCAGAGAGCGAAGGAGCUGAUUGCCUACCAGCGUCACUUUCAGGCGUCGUUGAAAUGGUGCUGGUACGUCUACUACCACCACCCUGCCUACUCAACGAGUGGUGGAAGCGAUAAUAGCAGCAGUAGGUAA